UCUUUUACCGCUCAUAUGUCAAUGUAUGAAGAUUUAUAGUUUAAUUUUGUGUCGUAUUCAAAAUCCAAACGCAAUUCAUUUGCAGGCAGAUAUAGUUUAACAUUAACCUGAAUUUAUUUGGAUAAGAUGGCAGCAAACAAACGGCUAAUAUAUUUUCUUGGAUUUUUAGUAGUUGUAUUACCAGUUAUAGUUGGUAUAUUAGUGUGGCAGAUUCUUCCAGGAUGUGACGCAGACGAUAAUAAGGGCGCGAAAUGGGAUGAAAAUACUGGUUCCCAGCAAACAACAGCAAGAAUUCCGUAUAAGGUUAGCACAGAGGAACCAUUUGAGGACGGACCUUGGAAAAAUCUUCGGUUGCCAAAAUCAGUUGUACCAGAACAUUACGAUGUUCUAUUGUUUCCUGAUUUUUACGAUGAAAAUGACAUAUUUCAUGGAAAUAUUACCAUGGAACUUUUCGUCAAAACAGAUACUAACUUUAUCAUGGUUCAUAUUAAAUAUCUUAAUAUAUCCGAAACCAUGUUAUCCUAUGCCAGUGGGUGUAAAGACAAAAUUUCAAUUAAAAGAACUUUCGAAUAUGAGCCGCAUGAAUUCUGGGUAGUGGAAACAACAGAACCUCUUCAGGCUAACAGGACUGUGUACAUGUGUUUAUCGUUUAGUGGAUCACUAUCCAGGUCUAUUGUAGGGUUCUAUAAAAGUUCCUAUAUCAACUCAGUUACAAAUAAAUCUAGAUCAAUCGCUACUACUAAAUUCGAACCAGUGGCUGCACGCCGUGCGUUCCCUUGUUUCGACGAACCUAACAUCAAAGCGGAGUACACAGUUCAUCUCGUGCACCAGUCAUCUUUUAGGGCCCUAUCUAAUAUGCCGGCUAAUUAUACACAGACAUGGCCUCUCAAUGGGGAUAUGUCUAUUACAACAUUUGACCGAUCUGUGAAAAUGAGCACAUAUCUUGCUUGUUUUAUCGUCUGCGACUUCGAGUUUCUGGAGAAAAAUGCUUCGACCGGAACAACAAUUCGUCUAUACGCGCCUUCAGAUCGUGUCAACCACACACAGUUUGCUCUUGAAGUCGCUGUAACAGUCGUAGAAUUGUACACAGAGAAGUUUAACGUAUCUUACCCUUUACCCAAACUUGACCUUAUAUCUAUUCCUGACUUUGUAUCCGGAGCAAUGGAGAACUGGGGUUUGAUUACGUUCCGGGAAACUAAUAUACUUUAUGACCCCGAUCAGUCGUCGUCUGCUAAUAAACAACGUGUUGCUACGGUAGUCGCUCAUGAAGUAUCGCACCAGUGGUUUGGUAACCUAGUCACUAUGGACUGGUGGCAAGACCUUUGGCUGAACGAGGGAUUUGCUUCAUUUAUGGAAUAUAUCGGCGCCGCGAAACAUCAAUCAUCGUGGCAAAUUAUGGACUAUUUUCUAAUUGGAGAUCUUCAACCGGUGAUGGUCACUGACGCCGGUGUUGCCUCUCAUCCGAUAAUAGUACAGGUUGAAGACCCUGCUCAUAUAAAUGCCGUGUUUGACAGUAUCUCUUACAGUAAAGGGUGUUCAAUUAUACGGAUGUUAGAACAUUGGAUGGGUAGUGACGCAUUUUUUCACGGAAUAUCAAACUAUCUCCGCCAUUUCCAAUACAGUAACGCCCAGACAGAUGACUUGUGGAGGUUUCUAGGAAAUAUAACAUCAGAGUUGAGUGUGAAGACUGUGAUGGACACAUGGACCAAACAGAUGGGUCUACCGUACAUUAAUAUAACCAUUGAUGGAUAUAAUGUCACUGCAACACAACACCGUUUCCUUGCUGAUUCUUCUACAAAGUUUGAUUCUACUGAAUCGGAAUAUGGGUAUUUGUGGUACAUAAACCUUGACUACAUGAUAAGUGAUGGACAAAAAGGAAAUAAAUGGAUGAAGAAAGAGCAGUCAGUAACAUUAGAUGCUGGUGUGGACUUACGGAAAGAUGCUGGUGAUAUCUGGAUAAAAUUCAACAUGAAUGAAACCGGAUUUUACCGAGUGAAUUAUCCAGAAUUCAUGUGGAAACGACUGUCGAAAGAGCUUUCUUCCGACACAAAUAAACUGAGUAUAGCGGACAGGUCGAAUUUACUUGAUGAUGCAUUUAAUCUUGCACGUGCUGGUCAUCUUGGUUACGACAUAGCGCUUGAUAUGACGUUAUACUUGGAGAAGGAGAAAGCAUACUUACCAUGGGAGAGUAGUGCUAGUGAUUUAUCGUAUAUUUCAGAUAUGUUGGAAUUCACAGGAGACUUCAGUUAUUUCCAGGAUUACAUAGUUAAGAAGGUUGACACUACCUACAAGUCACUUGGUUGGAAUGAUACAGGAUCCCAUAACGAGCGGUUGUUGCGAUCUACUAUCAUAUCUCUAGCGUGUGGAAAUGGUCACCAGGAGUGCUUGCUGGAAGCAAGAAAGAGGUUCAGGGCAUGGCUUUGUAAUAACACAGUUAUCCCGCCUAACUUGAGAUCAGUAACGUAUAGGUACGGCAUGAAGGAUGUAAAUACACAAGAGUGGAUGAUUGUGUGGAACAGAUAUAUGAAUGAGCCAAUUCCACAAGAAAAAUCAAAAUUAAUGUCGGCACUAGCAAAAACACCCUCCAUUUCUCUACUAAUGAGGUACAUCGAGUUUGCAAAGGACGAGUCGAAUGUUCGAUCCCAGGAUUAUUUCACAGUGCUGACCUAUAUAGCCAGAAACCCAGUUGGUCGUGGGUUGGUUUGGGAUUGGAUACGUGAUAACUGGCAAUAUCUUGUUGAUAGAUUUACAUUGUAUUCACGAUAUUUGGGAAGAAUUAUUCCAAGCGUCGUCUCAGAUUUCAACACUGAAUAUCAACUUGAAGAGGUUGAGACAUUCUAUAAUAAAUAUCCAGGAGCUCGGGGAAGGAAUACAUCGCUGGAGGGUGUGAGACGUAACAUAAACUGGAUGAAAACAAAUAAACGUGUGGUUGUUGAAUGGUUAAAACAAAAUGUAUAAGAAUAUACAAGAUUGGAAAUAUGUCACUAUGUAUAUUGCUUAUUUAAAUUUCUAGUAUAUUUUUCAGCCUAAGGCAAUCUAAAAUCAAUUUGACAUCAUGUAAAAUUUACAGAAGAACUGAGUUUAAGAAGAAUUUUCAUUGUUCAUUUCAAAAUUACAAACAGAAAUUUAGGAGUCUCAUUGGCCAUUCUAAAAUAAAAUCUUCAUGAUAGUUCUUGCCAUUCUAAUAUAACAUUUUAAGGAUAGUCCUAAGAUUGAAUGUAAAGGAUAGUUCUUGCCAUUAUAAAACAAAAUGUAAAGGAUUGAAAAUAGAAUGCACAUGAUAGUUCUUAACUUUCUAGUUAAAUUAACUUAAAUAUCAAAUAUAUAUAUUUGUUAAUAUUUUAGAUAAAUCGUCAUGUUGUUAACAUGUUUGUAACCUGACUUACAAUAAAGAGUAUUGUAUUGUA